AUCCAAGUCCGGGAACGUCGGGGCGAGGAAAGGAAGAGUGGGGCGAACACCCAGGCACAUUGAGGAGAUUUGCCGCCUUCGGGAGCGAGUGCGAGGGAAAUGUCCACCGAGCAGACCCCGCGGAUUCUCCAGGAAAAGAGUAUCCGGGAAUUCCUCCAGAGGAAACCGGGGGAAGAGAUCAAGCAGGAGUCUCGCGAUGGCCUCCUUCAGCAGUGGGAAGCCCAGUGGCAGGAGUUCCUGAAGACGGUGGAGGCCUCUCAGCCGGGACCCCCGCAGCCGCCCGAGGAACCCACCCCCUGGGACGACGCGAAGGCCUUCUUGGCCUCCUUCGAGCAAGUGGCCGAAGCCUGCCGCUGGCCGCGCGAGGAGUGGGUGACCCGGCUGCUGCCGGCCCUCAGCGGCGAAGCCAAGCACGCCUUUGGCAGGCUGGAGGGCCGGGACAGGAAGGAUUAUGGGAAGGUGAAGGCGGCCAUCUUGCAAGGGGACGCCAUCAGCCGGGAGAAGAACCGCCAGUACUUUCGGCACUUCCGGUACCAGGAGGCCGAGGGGCCACGAGGGGUGUACAACCGGCUGCAGGAGCUCUGCCGGCGGUGGCUGAAGGUGGAGAGGCACUCCAAGGAGCAGAUCCUGGAGCUGCUGAUCCUGGAGCAGUUCCUGACCGUCCUGCCGCCAGAGAUCCAGGGCUGGGUCAGGGAACGGGGGCCCGCGUCCUGCACCCAGGCAGUGGCCCUGGCCGAGGAUUUUCUCUGGAUGCAACGGGAGUCUUUGAGGUGGGAGCAACAGGUGGCAACGGCAGGGGUUCCUUUGGCGGCGGUGGCUGUUCCACUGGCUGAGGCGGAGCCAGUGGCGCCUGAUUCUGGAAAGAGGCAGCUGUGCACGGUGGUGAAGCAGGAGAUGGAUGCCGUCAACAUCAAUGCCCACGGUGACAUCCGACAGGGCGAGAACAGCGGGGAAAUCCUUGGGCUCCAAUUGCAAAGAGUGGAGCAGCAGAAGUUGGAAGAAAACUUUGGGAAUCAAGGCGGGCCGAGGCGGAGAACGAGAAACCACCAGGCUGAGAAGUGGAAGAAGCCCCCCAUUCCUUGCCCCAGUGGCGGGUUCCACAACGCCUCCAUCUCGGAAGAGAAGCCCAUCGAGAAGAGGAAGUACAAGUGCAACGUCUGCGGGAAGUUCUUCAGCUACAAGUCGAGCCUUAAAAUACACCUGAGAAUCCACACGGGGGAGAAGCCCUACAAAUGCCAGGAGUGUGGGAAGAGCUUUAUCCGCAGCGACCUCCUGGCGUCGCACCAGAGAAUCCACACCGGAGAGAAGCCCUACAGCUGCUCCUACUGCGGGAAGAGCUUCUGCGACCUGUCCACCCUUAUCAAACACCGGAGAAUCCACACUGGGGAGAAGCCCUACGUGUGCCUGGAGUGCGGCAAGAGCUUCAGCCAAAAGGCGAUCCUGAAUUCGCACCAGCGGAUCCACACAGGGGAGAAGCCGCACAAAUGCCUGGAGUGCGGGAACAGCUUCAGCAGGAGCACUUACCUUACUUCUCAUCAGAGAAUCCACAUGGGUGAGAGAACGUACAAAAACAUCGGCUUCUCUGAGCAGUCGGGCCUUAUUCACCCUCAGAGAAUCCACAUCGAGGAGAAACCCCAUAAAUGCCCGGAAUACAGCCAAAACUUCAGCCAGCCGUCGUCGUGCGCAACACACCAGAAAAUCUACGCACUGAGCGACACUAUCAACGUUUUCGAGUGUGGGGAGAAACUUCAACUGGAGGCGGCGUCUUAUGAGACUUCUGAGCGUCCUAGCAAUUAGCCUCAUGUCUGGUCGCCUGCGGUGAUUUGAGCUUGCCUCCUGGCGACCAAGUGUGUUCCCCCUUCCAGCAGGGAUUAAAAGCCACAUUCUUUAUAAACGGCAGCACUGUAAAUGCUCCUUCAGUGGAGGUGCAGACAGGGCAGGGGCGCAAUUUUAUAUCCCUUCGCAUUCUGUUUUGCAACUAGCUGUAGGGUGGCUGCCAGGUUUGAGAGCAGAGGGAGGGAUGCUGAGUUCUCGUCGUUUUCCAGCUUCCCUUCCCAUCGCCUGCGCUGGCAUUCCAAGUUACCAAGCAGAGGGAAAAACCAUCCCAGCCUUGGUUCUUCGGUCGGCCUGCGUGUUUGAUCUGUCUCAAUCAAUUCAGCCAACUGACCUGUAAAAUAUUAGUCAUGUAUCGUCAAAUAAUGAUCAAGUACAGUGGUACCUCGGGUUACAUACGCUUCAGGUUACAGACUCCUCUAACCCAGAAAUAGUACCUCGGGUUAAGAACUUUGCUUCAGGAUGAGAACAGAAAUCGUGCUCUGGCGGUGCGGCAGCAGCGGGAAGCCCCAUUAGCUAAAGUGGUGCUUCAGGUUAAGAUCAGUUUCAGGUUAAGAAUGGACCUCUGGAACAAAUUAAGUACUUAACCCGAGGUACCACUGUCUUUGAAAAGGCUACCUUUUCAUUAAGUCCCCCCCCCCUUUUAAUGACUUUCCUCAACUCUCCAAAGUUACACCUGUUGAGGACUGCAUUCCCUUGCAGAUAAUCUUUUUAUUUAUUUUUUUUGAGGGGCACGUGCUUGUAUUGGAUGGGGGUAAAGAUCCAAAAGCGGGCAGUUUGCAGGGUUGCAUAGCAUUCUCUCUGCCACCUCAUUCAUUUCCCUCCCUCCCUCCCUCCCUUUUCCUUGUCCCCAGCAUCUGGUGUCCAGAGGUAGACUUCUGCAGCAUAUGGAGGCUCCAUUGGGUCACCCACAUCCCAUAGAAAUUUUGCAGGCUUUUCCUGUCUUUUUGGUCUACAGUCAUACCUCAUGUUACGUCCGCUUCAUGUUACGUUCUUUCAGGUUGCGUCCCGCGGCGACCCGGAAGUACCAGAAAGGGUUACUUCCGGGUUUCGCCACUCGCGCAUGCGCAGACGCGCAAAAUGACGUCAUGCGCAGAAGCGGUGAAUCGCAACCCGCGCAUGCGCAGAUGUGCCGCUACGGGUUGUGUUCUUUUCAUGUUGCGAACGGGCCUCCGGAACGGAUCCUGUUUGCAACCAGAGGUACCACUGUACUUACUGGGAAAGCUUCUCUCUCUUAUACACCUACACACAAUGCAGAAGAGGAAAUAAUCACAGGAAGGUUAGACUAGAGAGCAAAGACUAGAGUGUGUCCGCAGUGGGCCAGAUGAAAUGAGGUUGGGGGGUGUAGCCUUCCCACCAUUGAUUUAAAGUCUCACUUGCGACUGUACCCAGUGAGCAUCGCUCCAACCUGUUCCUUUUACUCGCCACCCCCCCCCCCCCAGAGACCCAGUCCCCUGCAAGAGUUUUACAAAGCUGCCAGCAGGAUCUCAUUCUGGGGCGGGGGAACUUCCUGCAGCAAGAAAGUUAGGGAGUCCUGGACGGACCUUUGACCCUGAUGCUUCCCCGAGAUUCUUUUCCUCUUGGGAGAUUGCCUGCAGUCCUAACAGGUGGCCAUUAGGAGGCGUGUUGCUGGGUUAAUAGUUUGCCCCCCCC